GUGGGCAGAUGAACGCCGCCCGGCGAGGUGGCAAUUGGCAAAUGAUCGAAAAUAGUAGUCAACGCACAUCAAAUAAGAAGGUAAAAUUAAGAGGACAGAAAAAGGCCCCAAGCUAACUGCGGAGCCUGUCUUCCCCUGCCCGCGACAAGCGUCUACUUAACAACAACUCUCCCUCCCUCUGCUGCUGCAGGUAGCAUAUAAACUGUGAAUCAAUCUGGUCAUCGAUGUGGCCCUUGUACUCUAUAUUCAGCAAAAAUUUUAAAACAGAAGAUGAAAAGCAACUAAAAGGAGAUAUGUCAGGUGCAAUAGAUCCCUACCUGUUUCAACAGCCAACGAGUAACAAAGUUUGUCAUCCUCCUGCCUUACCCCGCUCACGAUUCGCUGAAGUACCUCACAUAAACCAAUCAUACACAUGGGAUUGCGGUCUUGCUUGUGUAUUGAUGGUUUUGAAAACCAUUGGUGUCGACAAUUGCAAUAUUCAAGAACUGGCUGAACUAUGCCGCACUACCAGCAUUUGGACUGUUGAUUUGGCGUAUCUGCUACAGAAGUUCUCUGUCUGCUUUUGCUACUUCACAGUAACUUUUGGUGCAAAUCCAAACUAUUGUGUCGAAUCAUUUUACAAGGAGCAAUUACCUAAUGAUCUGGAGAGAGUUGAUAAGCUAUUUCAGAAAGCCGUGGGGGCUGGAAUCAACAUACAGUGUAGAUCAGUUAGAGGAGAAGAGAUUUCUAGUCUAAUAUUGUCUGGGACAUAUAUUGCUAUUGCAUUAGUUGACCACAACAAAUUGAGUUGUGUGUGGGAAGAUGAUGUUCAAGUCCCAGCUAUCUUCUGCGACAGCUCUGGAUACACAGGUCACUAUGUGUUGAUAUGUGGCUAUGAUGCUGGAGCAGAUAUGUUUGAGAUUAGAGAUCCUGCCAGUUCUAAGAAACACAAGAGGAUACCUUCAAAGUCCUUGGAAGAAGCUCGCAAAGCCUUUGGUACAGAUGAGGAUCUUCUUUUGAUAUCUUUGGAGAAGAGCAGAUGCCGACGUCAACCUUCUGCGGUUCUUCCCAUUGAUGUGAACACUGAUCCGUGAAAUUCUUCUUCCCUCCGAUGCAAUGGUCUCGCCAAUCUCAUGAAUAUGCGACGCAUUCGUUGUUUAUAAUAGGUGCUAGAAGGGAAAGUAUAAGCCACAUCAAAUGCGUCAUUUCGGGCUGCAUGCCUUAUGUAGAUAGGCAACAUUUAUACUCAACAGUGUAGCAGCUGAUUUAUUCUCAUGCUAUGUGGAGCUUGUAUUCUUUCUCAAAAACAUGUGAGGAGACUGGGGACUUACUUGGAACUGUCAUUGGAGCUUUCAAGAGCAGUUUUUUAAUUGUGAUUUAUGAUGUAAGUAUGUUAUGAGAGUUUUGGCUCGGUAUGAAAGUAUUUGUAAGUUGUAACCACUUAUUAUUAGGAGCAGAUAUAAACAAGCCAUGUAAUGUUGUAAAAGGAAACUACUUGGCUCCUCCUGGAAUAUUUAGUUCAGGAUUUCUUGACCAGAUUGCCAUUUUAUUUAAAGAUUUCUGCUGCGAA